AAAGUGUUUCUCUCGGAAAACAUCUUUGUCUGCCAUUUGCCUUCGUCUUCGUAGCUAGAAAAUGCCUCCCAAAAGUCUCGAGACAAUUUUUUUUUUUUUUGGGGUAACGAAACGACAUGAACUCUAAAAUGAUAGAAACUUUCUUUAAAAUGAAUAUUGUAGUUAAGAUGUCAAAAGAAACAUAAUGGAGAUACAAAAAACAAUAAAGAAUGGCUGAAUGAGCUGUUAUUGGUGUAGUAUAGCAUUAUUCUCGUGUCCUUAUUAUUCCCUAUUUCCAUAUUCUAUCUCCGAAAGUAUCAAAACUAAUAAUUUUCAAUUCUACAUCGCAACAUAUGUGCAUUCCCUUCUCAAGAAACGCCAACACAAAGUACAGAGAGAGAGAGAGAGAGAGAGAGAGAGAGAGAGAGAACUACUACUAAAUCACAUCAAUCCCAAAAUUCAUUCAUUCCCAGUUGAUCUAAUGGCAAUGAGAAAAGAAGCCCCAGAACUUGCAGAAAGAUCCUCCUCAAACCCUAACAAACCUCACCGCCAUACCCUCUCUUUCUACUCCCCAAAACUCUCCUUCUAUAUCUUCUCAGCUUGUGUCACCCUCUUCGUCGUCCUCCACAUCAAAACCCUCCAAACCGACCAAAAUCCCACGUCGUCAUUAUGGUUCCACAAGCACCAACGGCAACGAGUCACCACCAACACCACCUCCACAAUGGCCGAGAAGCUCCGCCAAGCGGUCACAUUUCUCCCGCUCAAAGACCUACGCUACGCGGGCCCGGCUGCUCUCCAGGGCCACACGUGGUUCAUGAGCUCCAUGUACGACAAGCAGGACGAGGAGGGCGGGGCCCAGUACCAGCAGUUCCCCUCGCCCUCCUCCCAUGGGCGGCUCCUCUGCCUCAAAGGCCGCGACAACCACGACGGCUCCUGGAACUCCUACGCCCUCGCCUUCCCAGAAGCUCUCCCCCACAACACGACGCUCAUGAAAGGCUUGACGUUCGUGUCGUACAACCACUACAACUACGACAACAUCUGGCACGGCCUGACCGCUGUCGUGCCCUUCGUCUCGUGGCACAUAAAGAAUUCGUGUGCUGUCCCCGACCGGUGGAUUUUGUACCACUGGGGGGAGAUUAGAGCAAGGAUGGGAGUCUGGUUGGGGAGCUUGAUGGAGGCUACUUUCAGUGGGGCCCCGCGUGUCGAGGUGUUUGAUGACGUGGAGGAAGGGAGGGCCGUUUGUUUUGAGAAGGCUGUGGUGAUGAGGCAUAACGAGGGUGGGAUGUCGAGGGAGAAGAGGUUGGAGGUUUUUGAUCUGAUGAGGUGCAAAGCGAGAUUGUUUUGUAAUGUGAGCUUGGAUGAACAAAAUUACAAGAGUACCCGUAGUGUAACAAAGAGAAUUGGAGUCACAUUGUUUAUGAGGACAGGGCCUAGGUCGUUCAAAAACGACACCGCUGUGAUUGGGAUCUUUGAGAGGGAGUGUGCUAAGGUGGAUGGUUGUCGGCUCAUGGUGGCUUAUUCUAAUAACCUCACUUUUUGUGACCAGGUGAAGGUAAUGAGCUUGACGGACAUUUUGGUAUCUCCACAUGGUGCGCAGUUAACCAACAUGUUCUUGAUGAACAGAAACAGCAGUGUCAUGGAGUUCUUCCCAAAAGGUUGGCUAAAACUAGCCGGGGUAGGCCAAUAUGUCUUCCACUGGAUCGCCAGCUGGUCAGGCAUGAGGCACAAAGGAGCAUGGCGCGAUCCAGAUGGUGACACGUGUCAGUAUGGAGAAGAUGAUCGUCGAUGCAUGUCCAUCUACAAGCAUGGGAAAAUUGGACACAAUGAGACCUACUUUGCAGGGUGGACUAGAAAUGUUAUAGAUGAGGUGAAGACGAGGAAGAUGGAAGAAGCGAAAAUGGCUAUUCCAAAUUCUAAUGGUUGUUCCUGUAUUUAAUUAAAUUCAACUCAAUUCAGUACAAUUCAUGAUUUUUUGGUGUUGCCUAA